UGGGAGGGCAUUUUGGAUGGUGAGCUACUUUCCGUUCCUGGUCUAACUAAACACGUUUUGCAAUGAUACUUGAUAGCCUUUGCGGUAAAAUAUCAGAUAAAAUCAAUAAGCUGUUUUGUGAAGCUACAGGAUUGGAUGAACGGUUAAAAACUGGCCAUGAAAUCUGUGAUUGUUUAGAGAAUGCGGCAACGGAGAGAGAAAUACAGGAUUUAACAUUCGUUAUUCACGACAAAAUACAGUAUUAUUUGAUGUCAACGAUGCCAGAUAACCUACAAGAGUCUGAAACACAACAGCUUCGUCGUUUAUGCCUUGAGAUCAUCCAGAAAAUCCCAAAUGGUGAUCACUUAAAGCCAUUUGCUCGGUCUCUUCUCGAAAUGUUGUUUAAACUAGUAGAGGUUGAAAAUGAAGAGAAUGUCCUAGUUUGUUUGAAGUUAAUUUUAGACAUUCAUAGGUCCUAUCGACCAUCAUUCUCAAACGAUGUCUCACGAUUUUUGGAUUUUGUAAAAGAGGUGUACAGUGAUCUAAGAUUUCGAGCCAACAAGAUUUUUGAACCUAGAUCGAAGUUGGAAGUUACUGCAAUAUCUGAUAUUGAUCUCGAGGCAGAAGUUCUAAAUACAUAUACAGUUACAAGUGUUUACACACAAGAACUUAAAACUGAUGGUUCUUUCAUGAUUUACCACAUUCUCCCUAAAUCUAGGUUUUCUUUAAAAGUCAUACAAGAAAUUCCUAUUUUGGUGGUUCUAAUGUAUCAGCUAUUCAAGCAACAUAUUCAUCAAGAUGUUACUGAUUUUAUCCCAUUAAUAAUGGAUUUUAUCAACCUUAAACCAACAGAAGAACAAAAGAAGAAUGCCAACUUUUGUCAAGAAGUGUUUAUUGAUUUUAUGGCUGCUCAGGUUAAGACUUUAUCGUUCCUCGCCUAUGUAAUUAAAAUAUAUCAAGAUUUGGUCGAGCUACACUCAGUUGGCCUUGUACAGGGUAUGAUGAAUUUGUUGGUUAAUUGUCCUCCUUCGGUAACCAAUAUGCGCAAGGAGUUUUUUAUUGCUGCUCGUCAUAUUCUUAGUGCACAGGAAAUACGUCCUAAGUUUCUACAGGUUUUGGAUGAACUUAUGAAUGAAGAAAUCUUAAUUGGACAAGGAUAUACUAUUCGCGAUGCGUUAAGACCUUUAGCUUACAGCACAUUAGCUGAUCUUACUCAUCAUAUCCGUAGUUCUCUCAGUCUGUCUAAAAUCGCUCGUGCCAUUGAUGUUUAUGGUCGCAAUAUGCAUGACUAUACACUCCCAUUUUCAAUUCAACAAAUGAGUUUACGUUUGAUACUAAAUCUGGUUGAAUGCAUAAGACAGCGAGCAGUUUCAGCUACAUCUGCAAAUCAAGGGGCACCAGCAACAAAUACUGACGACCGGAACAAUGAGUUUUUUUCCGGGACUGCAAGACGUCUGCUUUUGCAGACAUUACGUUUAUGUGUGCUAAAAGCUAAAGUUGUGGCAGAUCACUACAUACCUGCAUUAGAGGCUACAUGUGUAUUAGAAACAAGUGAAGAAGUAACGCCCAGUUCAACUAAACAGCGUCCAAGGUCUAUAAAUGCUUAUCCUUUUGCCAAUAUUUCCUCUUUUUCGAGCGAAUUAAACGAAAUUGGCUCAUUUACUGAUAAAAAUGUUCCUGCUUCCGAUUUUACAAGUAUUCUAAAUUUGGGAACUGAUGCAUCGAAAGUGAAUGAACCUCGGAUUGUUGAACCAUUGGCCAAAUUGCAACUUAGCUAUGCAGAUGUUCGAACUCUUGUCAAAGCACUUAUCACCGGUAUCCGUACUGUCGUGACAAGCAUGAUCCAAUGUCCACAUGGUAAUACGCUUCAGAUGAAUAGUAUCACAUCAGUUUCUUCAACAUCAUCGAAACAAACUAUUUCCAAUCGAAUUCUUAGUCCAGAUGAGUUAGUUGUCUUAACAGAAUAUUUCUCAUAUGGAAUGCGAAUGAUAGACAUUGUACAGUUUGUGAAUCGAGACGGUCGACUAUAUUUAAAAAGCCAACCAGGUACCAAAUCUCCUGAUGAACGCCUACUUAUUGAGACGUUUGCUUUAACAUUUGCUCAGUUGAAUCCAAUAUCGUUUCAUGAAAUUUUUUCCUGUAAAAUCCACGAUUAUGUUGUAUGGUGUAAUCGCAGCACAUCCUACACAAAUAUUGCAUUUCACUUACUCUCUCAACCAAAUAAAACAUCAUCCUUUGGUUAUAUUUUGUUAUCUUAUCUAGUUGAUAGAUUAGAACGUUUGGGAGAUGGUACUAAUGAAUCUGCACUUUAUAUGCGGCUACUAAAGUUAUGUUUCAGUUCAGUAACUAUGUCUGGCACAGAAAAUGAAUUAGUUAUGAAGCUUCAUUUACGUCGUAUUGUUCAAGGCAGUAUGCAAUACUGCCUUACAGCUAAAGAGCCUACAGCUUAUCUGACUCUAUUACGUACUCUCUUCCGGUCAAUAGGAGGAGGAUCACAUGACAAACUUUACCGUGAAUUUUUUCCUUUAUUGCCUGAAAUGUUAACUACUUUAAAUCGUUUACUGCGUUCGCCACAUCGUUCAAAUGCUCGUGAUCUAUUGGGUGAAUUAUGUGUUAUUGUUCCAGUUCGUUUGUCGACAUUACUGCCCUAUUUAUCUUUGUUAAUGGAACCGUUAGUUUAUGUACUGAACUGUAAUACUGUGAAUCAGGGUCUUCGUACUCUUGAGCUUUGUGCUGAUAAUAUGCAACCAGAUUUUCUUGAUCAUUUAUAUCAAGUACGUGGGGAUAUGUUAUUAGCAUUGUACAAUUCACUUCACUCACCUAGUGAAUAUGUACAAAGAAUGUCAUUCAAGGUACUUGGGAAAUUAGGUCGAUUUAAUCGUACUAACUUGCUUGAAACACAACGUUUACGUAUUAAUUCAACGGAAGGUGAAGCUGGUCCACAACUACGUUUUCACAUGAAUGAAUUUCGAAAUCAGCCUAUUGAUAUACCGGUUAGAUGCCUUGUAGAUGCUGCUGUGGAAAUAUUACAGGACUCCUCUUCUGAUGAGCCUAGUAAGCUUCGCUCUUGGGAGUUUCUUCAGUCAAUUUGCGCAGCUGCUUUAGACUUAAAUCAUUCGCAACAAUCAAGGAUUGGUGCGGAAGACUUUUACAAUUGUUUUCUUGGAGAUACAAAACUAAAUAAUAUGAUAUUGCAUUAUAUUGGUGAUAUCUGUUCGACGUCGUAUUCGGAAAAUCUUGGCAUUCAGUUAACUCGUCAGAGUUGUUGCAUGGCUGAUGAUUUAUAUCAUCAUGUUAUGAUAAUGACUAUGGCUGGUCUAUUUUUGGCUGGUCUAAGCAAAGAAUUACAAAAUGCUCAUGGGGAUUUUAUCGCAUUUCUUGUUAGACAUGUAACAUUUCUAUCAAUUAUGCAACAGUUUACUACACCUCAUAUGGAGAUCAAUCGUGAUCAUAUUCCAUCUCCAAGUACAUCAUUCAAAACAAAAGUUGAUACCACGCCUAAAUUACCGUUCUCUGAUGAUACAAUUACUUCAUUAAAAAUUUCCGAUGAUGAUCAUUCUCAAGAGCUUGAUAUAUUUAGUAUAAGCCAGGAUCCUGAUACACUUAUUUCUAUUGUCAAUGAAUCUCAAUCAUCAAAUCAAGAAUUUCUUUCGAAUAACUUAUCUUCACAUUUAAAUCCGAAUUUAAUUAUUGAUUCUAUCAUGUUUGUUAUGGGUCAUGAAGUGAAACAACUCACUCGAAAUAUGUGCUUAUUACUAGAAAUUAUACAUAAUACAGCGUUUACUAUAUUGUUCGCUGUUACUAAAACAUCUCGAGAAUGUAAUGAAGAUCGUUUUACUGCAGAGAUGAUUAAAAAAGCUGUUGCGAAUCUCCAGAUUUUUCAACAUAUUGGACAUGUUAUUGUUAAUAUGUUAUAUCAUUCGGCUUGGUAUGUUAAAUGGGGUGCUUGUGCUUCCAUUCUUUGUCUUGCCCGCUUCAUUCAUCCUUCAUGGUUCUGUUCAAAUCUCAUCAGUUUGCUACGUGGCCUACUUUACUGCAUUCACUGUUUAUCAAAUCAAAUGAAUCAAGGCGCUCUAAUGAUGGCUCGUGACUGUGCACGUGUAAUUAUCAGCACAGUUAUCAUAAGUUUAAAAGAUUCCAAUGAAACUAAUGACACUUCAAACUCAUCUAUUGUCGAAGAUGAAAGCAAAUCCACUACUCCAAUGUCCACCCGUAAACGCUCUUCAAUGACUUCACAACGUCGCACAGUUCAAGUUAGACGUGGUCGCAGUGCAAGUAAUGCAACUUCAGAAUCGUCCACUAAUGAAGCAUCAAUCAAUAUGCUUGAUGAACCAAUGGAAGUCGAUAAUCAAGAUAACGAAAAAAGUUUUACUCCCAAGUUCUCACCUUCUCUAACACUUUUAUUGGAUGCAGUUAUUGCAGAAUUAUUAGAUUCACUUUUAAGUGAAACUGAUCUUGUUCGAGCUGAAACACGUUGUCUUUUAAGGUUACUUGCUUAUACAGUUGGACAACCAUUAUGUAAGCUGUUAGCACCACAUUGGUAUAAAGUUAUUGGACAUGUUUUACCUCCAAAACAACCAUAUCGUUUAUUGGAUUUACCUAUUUCAACUCAACUAGCUGUGCUGGAAGCAAACUACUUUUUUAGUCAAUCAGAGAAACCAAAAAAUCCAUCUAAAGUUUUAGAUGACUCUAAACCUUUCGACUUUGACAUAGAUAACAACGAUGACGGAGUAGGACUUCUACGUUAUGAUCUUUCAAAACGAGAUGAUUGUAUUUUUCUAUCCGAUGUACGUUCACUUCUUACCCAAUUCGAAUCGAAUAAUGAUUCCACUGCCACUAUUCAUAAUUCUACAACUACUAACAAUAUAUCUGUUGGUAGUGGGUCUGUGAACACUGGUGUCAACAAUAAUUUAUCAAUAAGUUCAGAUCAAGAAAAACUUCCAUUCAACGGAACUUAUCCAUAUUCCAAGUUUACAUCGGCUAACUCUAGAACUGUAAUACCACUUUCUAGUAAUUGUAUGAGAUUAAUUAAUCUUCGUGUAGCUGCUUGUCAAGUAUUAUCUGUCACAUGGUAUUUAGAUGCACAGAAAGCAAGAAAUUUAACAGCACUAUUCAAAGGUAUGUCUUGUAAAAAUGAAUAUAUUCAUGAAGCAGCUUUUUUAUGUCUUCGAGAAUUUAUUAGUAAGACAUCAAUUGAUAUUGAAUUAAAACAUGCUAAUAUGAAACAGAUUGUACAAAAUAUUCGACAAAAUUCCAUACGAUGUAUUCAUACAGUUCGACAAUUAGCUUAUUGUGCGCAAUUAUUUCCAAGUACACUUAGUGAAAGAUUGUGUGAUGCAAUUUAUUCGCAUUUAAAUAUAACUUUAGAAGCUGCAGCUAACAAACAAACCUCUUCAUCAAUCUUCACAUUCACUUCAUUUAAUUUGGAAUUAUGUACAUUAUUGUUGGAUUUAUUUCAUUUAAUUCCUUUGGCAACUUCAAAAUAUGUUUCACUUUUAAUUGAAUCUGUAGUGAACGCUGAACGAUCAUUAAACAUUGAACCUACUAGUUGUUUACGUUUACCGUUAACACGUUUUCUAUCGCGUUAUCCAGCAGAAACAUGUGCGCUCUUACUAACUGGUUCACGAUGGCCUUAUAAUGCACAUGCAAAUAGAAUAUUCUUAUUUGCUCUUAGUUGUCCACAAGGUCAACCUAUAGUGGAUUAUUUAAAAACAAAUUAUCAUAUACUUAUGGAUCUUAUUCAACCAGAUGAAAUCACUGAUCAGAAAAAUGAUAUAAAUGAACAAUUAUGUUUACCUCAAGUCGGUACUGUACUAACAUUUGCCUGCCCAAGACAUUUAGCCAUUCGUACAGUACAUACUAUGCAUCAAUUAUCACCGAAUUGGUUAAUUGGCAAUCAUCAUUCAUUGAAUGAUCUAUCGAAAACUAAUGCCAGAAUUAAAUCAAAUCUAAAUAAUAUUGAAUGGCAGACUAAAUAUCAUCCAUUAAUUUCAUCUUUAUUAAUAUAUUGGCAAUCGAAUUUAUUUGUUCGACGACAAUCUAAUUUAACUUUAGUCACAUUGUCUAAAGAUCCAAUUGAAAAUCAUUCAUUAUUCAAUGAAUAUAUGACAGAUAGAUGUGAAACAAGUGAAUUGAAUUCAUCAAAUCUAUCGAAUAAAAUAAAUAACAUAUCCAUUGGAAAUAAAUCAACUGUUACUGUUGAAACCGAUAAUUUAUCUUAUGAUCCUGCUUCAUUAAUCACUUCAGGCACAUCAGAUCAUAAUCAUUGGGAUGAACCAAGACUUUUAUUAGAUUGUCUAUUAGAUUGUUUCAAAGCUCAUCCAGAUGAUUUUGAUCUAUUGUUUGUUAUCACAAUCGGUGUGACACGUUUACGCUAUGUGGCAGACCUUUAUCCACUACGUUGUUUAUUAGUUCAAUUGAUUUCUGAAUCUGAUCUAACAUGGCAUCGUCAAUUAUUCUUGCAUUUUAUCACUGUUGUGAAAAGUCGUUUAAAUUAUAUGAAUCGAAACAAUUCACCGGAAUUUAGUCCAAUUACUUCUGGUGUCAAUCAUCCAAUUUCAACAGAAGAUAUGUAUAAAUUAUUAGCUAAUCUUAUUCUGCCUUGUUUAUCAAAUGCUUUAGAACGUGAUGAAAAUGAAAUAUUUCUUGGUGGACCACCGAAACCUUUUGAAAUGAAUGACUCUGAUCUAGUACAUUUGUUCGUCUCAAUUUUACUACAAGAUCCAGCUGUUCAAACAUGUACUGAACUUCGUGUUAUGUAUUAUCAAAUGGCUAGUUUAUUUGUUUAUCAUACACCGAAUUAUGUUCACAUGGGAAGUGCUAAUGAAGAGAGUUAUCGACUACAUAAAUUCACUGAAUUCGCUCGGCCUUGUUUAACAAGUAGUUUAACUUUUGUGGAUCUUCAAGAAAAAUAUACUGGGCUUCAAUUAUUAUCACAUUUAAUUGCAAAAUUCAAUGUAUUACGAACAUCCACUGUACAAUUGUUUCAAUGUUUAGCAAAAGGUGCACAUACAGAAACAAAGAAAAUUGUUAAUCCUGCAUUAGAUAUUCUCAUUCCAGCUUGGAUACAAGGACCAGAUGAUCAGGAAGCACUUGCAUCAGCAACUAAAAAAAUUAUACUAGAAGACCAUGGUAUUCAAUCAUGUGUGCAUAUUCUAGGAAUCAUCGUUCGACAUUCCGAUUUGUAUUAUCCAAUACGCCAUCAAAUAUUACAGCAUAUUAUUGUAAUCAUUUCUCGAUUGUCAGUUCAACAGUUACCUGUUGAACAACGUCGAUUAGCUUUAGAUGUAAUCUAUACUACAGCUCAAUGGGAUGUUCGGUGUCGUCGUGAACUAACUGAAAAUGAUUCAAAGGUAAAAACUGAUGAUACGAAUCCUGAUGACAAUAAUAAUAAUAAUCUAUCAUCAACAGAAAAUUUGAAUAUCCAUCCUUCAACCGAAACAGAACCAAAUAACCCCCCUAUGGAUAAACCCCAACGUGAUCAACUUGUAAAUCUUUUAAUUCGUUUUGCCUGUCAAGCUAUUGAUGCUAGUCAAAGCGGAAGUCUGUCUGAGCAGUCUGUAUCCCGAACACUUGCUCAAUUAGAAUUCGCUCUUCGUUCUGAUGUAUGGGGUGGCGAAACCUGUGAACUUCGACUUGCAUUUAUUGAUCGUUAUUUCACUUUGGAUGAUUCAUCGUCUUCGCAUUCGACGUCCAAUGCACCAUCUGGAGGAGUUACAGCUGGUAGUCUCAAUCAACACGGAAUACACAUGAGUGGGCCAUCAAACACUACACCGGCAUCUACUACUUCCGGAUCCCAUACAAAUACACCAUCUGCUAGUGCACUCGGUGCAACACAAGCCACCAGUUUGUUAAUGACUUUGGAAGUUCUUCGUGUCCUAUUCUCAACGUUGGAAAGUCCAACUUUAUUAAUCAAUGUAAAACAUUUUAGUGCUGGAUUAUGUAAUGUAUUAACACGACAAUUGACUAAUGUUCGUUUGAUUCGUUCUUGUGCUGGUCUAUUACGUGCUAUGCUUGAACGUUAUCCAGCUGAAGCAUCACAUCGUCAAAAAAUUACUGCCUAUCCUGAAUUAUUUGAUAUCUAUUCAGCAACUUUAAAAUCAAUACAGGAUUCAUUUACAAUGUUUAGUGAAAAUGUUUCCAAAGCAACCUUAUUAACACGAUUACAAUCAGCAUUUCUUCUAUUUACAUCAACACAAGUUCAAUCGAAUCCACAUGCAUUUGUUGAUCGAUGUAUUGUACAGUUAGUGAAACUUGUUAAUCGUCUUAUACAAGAUUUAGUAGUUACAUCAAAUUGUAAUUCUUCAAAUAUGCAAGAAUCUGGUACAUCAGCACAGCUUACUGAUUUAUUAAUUAUGGGUCUUGAAAUGAUCAAGUCACGUUUGAAUGUUGUUAGUCAUGAAAUGCGUAAAACUGUCUUUGGACCAGAUUUAUGCUUAAUUAUGGAUAGAGCUCGAGAUCCUCGUUUAUUCUGUGCUGUUCUACAAGUUUUACGUGACUGGAUAAAUGUACCAAAAUCGGAAGAACAUUUUGCUCCAACGGCUCGUGAAAAAGUCAACUUUUUCUAUAGACUUUGGCAAGCUUAUCCACGCUGGAUUGACAAUUCACCUGAUGUUGCCAAAGAAAUUCUUGAAUGCGUGUACGAUGUUUAUACUAGUACAAGUGUAUUUAAAAAUCAUGAUCUUUAUGCAAAAUUAGAACAAGCAUUUUGUUGUGGUCUAUUAUCACCAUUUCCUGAGAUUAAUGAACGUUUUAUUGCUUUGUAUUUGGAAGCAUCACAAAUUCGUUAUUCAAUUAAUAGUUAUUCACGUAAAACAGAUAAUAAUCAUAAUAAUAAUAAUAAUUUAUCUAAUCAUGAAACUAAUCCUUUAAUCACAUCUACUGAUCCAGUGGAUUCUUAUGUAGUAGAUAAAGAAAUGUCAUCGCAUGAUCAAUUAAUUACAUCAAAUUAUUCUUGUGCUUCAUUGUUAAUUCGAUUAUUAUUUCUUCUUGUAUCUAACACAUGGGAUGAAGCACAUUUUCGUGAUGGAUUUUGGUUAUCAAUAUUUUUAGAUGUAUUGUUAUGUGAUGUGGACACAACCGCUUCACCAAUGCUAUCCAUCAAUUCUCAAUGCUUUAAUAAUAUUUUCAAUUAUUUUUCAAUACUACCGAAUGUUUCAAUAAAUGAAAUGUCCAUUGAUCAUGUAAGCCAUCAACAAAUUACCACUGAACAAUCAUGUGAUCCAACGCAACUUAAUGAAUUUAAAGGCCUUAUCGAAUCACAAAUUAAAAGUCUGCAUGAAUUACAUAAACUCUCAAUUGGUCCAGGACUACGAGGUAUGUUAUGUCUGGCUCACAAACGCCCAGCCCUAGCUAGCAAUAUUUUUCAACAACUUUGGCCCCAAUUAUGGGAUCGUUUACUACUGCAACAAUCAGAAACUCAAUGUUCUUCAUCUGAAUUUAAACCAGCAGAACAUUCCGAAACACAUUCAUCGAUUCAAGAACAUUCUAACACAGUACAAUCGUCCGUCGCACAUGAUUCACUUCAAACUGGCUGCUUAGAAUCGACAAUAUCAGAUAACCCUGCAAUGACUGGUCAUAAUUUGUCACCAAAUGAAGUUCGGGGUUUCGUUAUUCCUCAGUUGAUUCGUUUCUUAACUUCAGAUCAACAUGUACAUCCAGCCGAACCUCAACCAAGUUCUCUUGGAGCUUUUUUCAAUGGUUUGGCUUCAUGCCCAGAUACUCUGCUGAUUCAUUUACCCUUACCAGCAGUCACUUAUCUAGGACAAGCUCACAACCAAUGGUAUACAGUUGUUCUAUUUCUUGAAUCAAUGUGUCAUCAAGCAUCUAAAUUUAAUGGUCAGUGUAUUUUAAACGAUUUGAUCUACUCAAUCGAUCCACCUUCCAAUGAACUGACUGACUCUGUUCUUCCUAAAAUAAAACCCCAUGAAUUCCCAUUUGGAGCUGCAACUCUAUCACUCCUUUCAUUAUAUAAUGAAAUGAAUGAUAUUGACUUUUUAACUUCCGCUUGGUGGUAUCGAUUAUCUUUGCACCAGCAAAACCAAAAGUCAUCAGUCGAAAACACAAAUGAUUCUGCACGAUCAUCGUCAAUACUCACAUGUUUAGAAUUUGCUCAGCAUGGCUACCUUUUACGAUCUUUGGAUUAUGCUAUGGAUAAUCUUUCAGUUAAUCAAGUUCUAAGUACUCCAGGUUCACUAGAAGCAUCAUCAGGCGUGGGUAGUUCAGCAUCACUAAACCGUGCAGCCGCUGCUGCAGCUGCAUCAUCGUCUAACUCGUCUCCUGCCAGUCGUACAAAUAUUCUCACAGAUCCUUCACUACAGUUGGGAGAACUUGUUAAUCGUGCACGUCUUCGUGAUUUCUGUGUCUUCCAAUUAAAACAACUUGGUCAAUGGGAAAGUUUAGAUUCUUUAGCAUCCUCUGUUCAAUCUACCAAUCAUAUGACUAGUUCAUUCGGUUCUAAUUCAACUUCUGGUGGAAAUGCAAACACUACCGGUGUUGUUAAUUUAAACAAUUCUGGUGGUUCCAGUUAUUGGGGUUUAAAAGCAGAUGCGGCAUGGCGACGAAGUGAUUGGUCUGAAGUGUACUAUGAUUUAGCUAGAUUGGCUAAUGAAUGUCCUCGUAGUGAAUUACCAAGAUAUACUCUUAUUCAAGCUGCAGCUUGUAUAGCAGGACGUCGAGCAUCUGGAUUAGGAACACUUAUUAAUCCAAAUGUAGAUGUUAUUGAUUCGUACAGUACAAAUUUUAAUUCAAAUGAUAUAUCUACUGGAUCAACAACUACCGGUCUUACUGGUUCAUCUGUUUCAAAUAAUACUAAUUCAACAAAUGUCACAUCAACUCCUCCUCCGUCUACUUCACUACAUUCCAAUACUGGAUCUGCAUCACCUAUGAACAAUAUUGUCACUAUGAUUCAUGCAUCCGAACAAGAAAGUCAUCGUGUAGUAACUGUUACACUUAGUGAAUGGAGACGUUUACCUCUUAUUGUUACGCAUCAACAUGUACCUUUACUUCAGAUUGCUCAUCGUGCAGUGGAAAUAACUGAAGGUAAUAGUUUAUUAGCACAAUAUUGUGGUCAUGUACUGGGUGGUUCAUCUCUUGCUUCUGGUGUGUCUAAUUCUACUUAUUCUAGUCCUAGUCAAACUAGUUCUGGUUCAUCCACACCAGUACCACAACCAAAUUCAAUUUCUACAACAUCCACAUCAUCGUCAGUGAAUAUACGUUUACCUUUCAAUCAAGCACUGCAUGAUUAUAAAACUGUAUUUAAAGCAUGGCAAAGUCGACCAUGUUCAAUUGGAGAUGAUUUAGGAUUUUGGCAUGAUCUUUAUUCAUGGAGACAAGUAGUUGAAGAGUGCAUUAUAAGCUGUCAUCCAUUUUCUCAAAAGUUAAAAUCUGAAAAUAGCAAUUUACUUGCAUUAUGUCAACGUGAACUAGCACUAAGCCAAUUACAACUUGCUCGUGGUGCACGUAAAUAUCGUUUCCCAAGUAUUGCUCAACAACAUUUAGACAGAUAUACACGUAUGAAUCUACCACCACUGUUUGAAAAAACUAAACAAGAAAUCAAGUUAAAAUUAGCUGAUCUGCGUAAAGAUGAACUUUUAGAGGGUUUGGAAUUGAUGGAGAAAACUAAUAUUCAACAGUUUGAAAAGAAAGAUCGAGCUAAAUUCUUCUGUUACAAGGCUGUUUUCUUCUCGCAUUUUAAUAAAGGCGAUGAAGCAACAAAAAAUUUCGGUUACGCAACCCAAAUGCAAGAUAAUCUACAUAAAGUUUGGUCAAUUUAUGGUGAUUUCUUGGAAAAUGUUUAUUCUAGUUAUCCAUCUGCGAAACGAGAAGUUGCUGUUUCAACAACUGGCAUUUUUGCUAUGCAAGCGCUUAUGGAAGCUGCUAGUGUUUCUGGUAGUGUUGAACGAAAAAGUCGAGGUGAUAUUGCUAAGUGUUUAUGGUUAUUAACACUUGAUGAUGUAAAUGGUCAACAACGCUUGGCACAUACUUUUGAAGCUAGAGCCAGUCGAGUUGAACCAGAAGUUUUCUUACCAUGGCUUCCAGACCUUGUAGCAUCGCUUUUACGUCCUGAAGGACGUUUUAUCGUUUCUGCUUUACGUAGAGUAAUAAUUGCUUAUCCUACAGUUCUUUAUGGUUAUUUAAAAGGUUUUCAGCAUCAAUUAGCUACAGAGGUUAUUAAUGAUCGAAAAUUGGCUGAAAUUAUUCAUAAUCCUGAAAAUAAAAAUGAUCCUUCUAUUAUUGCUAUUCAAAAUCGUAUAACAUCAACAAUAGGCUCAGAAAAAGAAUCAUUAAUAAAAUGUGGUAAUUUAUCUUGGUCGUUGAAUCGUGGAACUGGUACAUUUGAUAUUACUCAUUCUACUGGACGAUCAAGUUACAGUCAUAAUAAUAAUAUCGAUCAAUCAUUUUCCUUAUCAUCAUCUAAUACUUCUAAAAUUGAUGCUAAUAAUAAUGUCAACACCAUCUAUCCUAAUCCUUGUGGAGUUAAUUCAUCCAAUUCCAGUGCUUUGAAUAAUUCAAAGAAAAAGAAACGUGUAAUUGUUGUUAUGCGAGGUGUUGAAGGUGAACGAUUGAAUACAUCACCGAGUUCUUCACCACCACCACCACAACAACAACCAGCAACAAAACAACAACAAAAUUCUGAUGUAAUUGGACAAUCAUCAUCAUCAUCUCGUUUAAAUAACCACCCGAAAACUGUUGCGAUUCGUGGAUCAGAUGUAGAUUCGACAACACCUACUAAUCAGGACAAUGAACAAAUGGAUUAUUUAAGUGAAGAUGCUGAAAUGACAGAAUUAGAAGAAGAUACCGAUAUGACUGAUGCUGAUCGUGAUGACGAAGAUGAGGAUUUCACUGGAAAUGACGACACCGGAUUAUAUGAAACUGAUAUGAAUGCUAAAAAUGUUGUGACCAAUGAUUUAGAGCCAAAAGUUGUACUGUCAGAUAUUGAUGAUAAUACUGUUAGUGGUGAUACUGUCACUGGUGUGGCCACUUCAACUGAUUCAGUUGAACAAACAGUAGAGAUUGGCUAUGGAAAUUCAGUAACUGGUUGUUUAUCUAAUCCAGUCGUUCAUGGUCUUCACUAUGCAAAUAUUCUAAUUAAUCAACUUAAACGUAAACAUCCAUCUCGUUUAUAUGCAGUAGAUUUAUUCACAAAUGAAGUUGGUGGUCGGUUAAGACCUUCAUGGUCUGAACAGUUUUUAUCGCAAUUAUGCUCAGUGCUGGAUUAUCUUCAACGUCUUGGAUACGCUCAUUUACAUCCUGGUAGACGGUGGAAGUUUAAAAAUUUAGAAACUCAAACUAUUCCAUUUUGGUUGGCUACUGAAUUGAAGCAAAUGGCCCGUGAUUGUGGCCUACCAAGCAAUACAUUUUGGUCAUCGCCUAUAACAGAAAAUACAACAUCUCACAAUUCAGUCAAACUUGAUUCAACCUCUCAACGUUUUAUGUUUACCGAUUCUCGAAAAGAUGAUAAAGAAAAGUUGAAAUCGCCACAAUCUAAAUUAACUAACCGAACAUCCGAUUGUAUCAAACCUGAAAACAAUAGCGAUAUUGCUUCUGAACGAGAUGACUUUAAAUUAUCCAGUGAGCCACAAAAACAAUCCAUUUUUCUGCCAAACAUGCCAGCUUUUCAAGAAGUUAGUCGAAUAUCAUCGGAAGUUUUGUUUGCAGAAUGUGAAAAGGAUCCAUUUUUCAAACACCUUCGUGAUACACUGUCUACUGAAAUGAUGAAUCUGCAAAAUGAGAGUAUAUUGUCUCUUAUCAAAAAACUAACACUACGUUGGAUUCCAAUGGUUGAGCAGCAUGUAUCUAAAUUACCUGUUCGUACUCAUAUUUCUAGAUACGGAGCAAAUCGUCUGUUAGAACUGCCUAAUAUGGUUUCUCCUGUGAGUACGCCUAUUACGCCAUCAAAAACAAAUGUAUCAAACGCACAACAAGUAUAUUCUGUUUUCUCUUCAAUCUCGACAGUUCCUUGUCUAGAACUUCCUGGUGAAUCAGGACUUCUCCAGUCAUCUGGAGUAAAUUUAGGCUCAAUCGUCAAUCCACAUCAUUCUCAAAAUGAAUCUAGUCAACAAAUAGGUGGCUACAUCAAUAAUAUUCCUUUAUAUCUUCAUGUAGCUGAAAUUAUGCCACAUGUAGAACGUAUUCGUUGUUCAUCGGGUACAUUAGCUCCACCUGCUCGUCGUAUAGGGAUUCGAGCUACUAAUGGAAGACUAUUUUUUUAUGAUUUACCAUGUGCAAAUACUCCUCCAGUUACGGAUCUGGCUAUCAUGCAAAUCGAUGCAUUGAACGGUGCGAAAUGUCAUGAACUUCUCAAUGCUAUUUCUAUUAAUGAAUCUACUAAUCUUGAACAUUUAACUGGGAAGGAAUUUUGCCCAUCAGCUUAUAUUAACUGGAGACAAACUGGACCUCUUCAACUAUUCCAAAUGAUUAACUCUGUAUUACUUGGACAACCAGAAACAGCUAAAAGAAAUAUUUCACUAUACGUUUCAAGGCGAAUGGAAGUUGGUCCCAAUGGACUACACUUGAUUCAAGUUGGAUCAUCUGUAUCGGCAGCGGAUGUUAUUAUAGCCAGUGCAUGUCCUCUACCAUCGGCAAAUGUAGUCAAUAAUCCUAGACUAACAGCUUUAGCAAGACCACCUUCUGGUGGGUCAAGUAUUUGGUCGAAUUCCACGGAUGAAAAUUCAAAUAAUCAUUCUUCACCAUUAACACCAUUCUGUGAAGAAGCUUACAAACAAUAUUCUUGGUCUUUAUCUUUUGCCGAAUCCCAUUCAACUCCACAGAAUAUUGAUAAACAUCAAUUACCUACUGAAGGAAUGUUGAAAUCUUUAAAGGAUAAAAUUCGUAUCCCAUCUCCACCACCUGGACCUUUACCGAAUUUAAUCACAACUGUUCAAUCAACCAAUUUAAUAAAUCAAUCAACAAUUGUUGGAAGUGCUGCAUUAGCUUCUGAGGCUAUUGGACGUCCAGCUGGUUUAGAUGCUGGUUGUCGUUGUGUUUGUAAUACAGUUUUUGGUAUUUUAGAAAAAUGUACUUGUACCUGGAUGUUUCAUUCAAAUUUUAAACAAAAAUACAAAUCUAAUGAUAUAUUACAAUGUAUGAAAUUAGAACAACAACAACAAGAAGUUAAAUUUAAAACUAAAUCUUUUUAUAAAGUUAAAUAUUCAAUGAAUUCUUCUCUUCUCUCCGGUAAUAAUAACCCGAUUGGUUGUCGAAACUUAAUUUAUUUAUUUUAUGAAUAUAUUUCAAAAAUACCCAAUCAGAAUGAAAUUACAAGUCAAGAUUUAUUUAAAAUAUUUCUUGAUAUUUCAUUGAGAAUUCCACAAACUCUCAAUGUUCAUGAUCCAUUAUUUUCAAACUUUGGAAUGUUUAGUAAUGACGAUGAUGAUAAUGUCAAUUUAGAGUCUUUAAAAAAUCAAUUAGAAUUUCCACGUGGUAAACUUCUUCAAUUCUGGGCAAAAAAUCAAAUGCUCGAUUCGGAAAGUUACUGGUUGUUACGUCGAAGUCUAGCACGUAAUCUUGGAACUUAUGGGCUUAUGGAACGAUUGUUUCAUUUAACACCUCUUCAUCCAGGCUGUUUGGUGAUUGAUCCACGCUCUGGUCAUAUUGAAACACAUCAUGUUUGUUUUGGAUUGCCAGGAGAUAAUUAUGCAUCAGAACAAUCUAAUUCGUUGAAUUCUGAAAGAGGAUUUAAUCAAUCCUACUUUAUUUCGUGUUUCAAUCAAUCUAUGCUUAUACAAAAACUGGAUAAAUCUGGUAAGAAACAAUCAUCCAAUGUUCCAAUGUUAUCUUCUAACAUUUCAACUGAUUCACCUACCACUGAUAAUAUUAACGAUAAAUGGUUAAGUUACUGUCGUCCAGUACCAUUUCGUUUAACUCCACAUUUAGCUGGUCUUGUUUGUUUACCUGGUGCACCAGCAAAAAUUGGUCCUUUAGCAGCCAGUUUCACUACAACUGCACAAGCUUUAAUGAAUGCACAAUAUAAUCAUAAUUUAACUAGUCUUUAUCGAACAAUUCUACGUCGUGAUUAUAUUUUAUGGCAUCGAGGUAGACAAUCGUCUAUUUAUGCUUAUCAAUUACUUAUGAGUGAACCAAAUGCUACAAUUCCACAAACAUCAUCAACAUCAUUAGAAACUGGUCAACCUGUAUCAUCAUCAUCAUGUUCCGAUGAGAAUGAAUCUUCAACAUUGAAUUAUUUUUGUUAUUCAUCAUCAUCACCACCGACUCUUGUGCCAGAUUUAACUAAUGAACAAUUAAUUGCAUUAAUCAAUUGUACAAUGGAUUCAAUGAAUAAUAAAUUAAAAGUUGCUUCGGACUACUCAGGAACUGAACCAAAAUCAUGGAAACUUAUCGAUGAAGCUACAAAACCUUCAAAUUUAAUUCAUAUGAAUCCUACUUUAUUACCUUGGUUGUAAACAAUGCUUCGUCUUUUUAUUCUCAUUGUAUCUUAUUUUGCCUUUGCAUUUUACUUUUUUUGUGUGUAACAAAUAUAGAAAGAAAAAUUUUCUGUUUUUUCCUUUAUUGUUCAUUUUUCUAUUUUUGGUUACUUGUAGUAAAAAUUUUGAGAUUUUCUUGUCUAUUUCAUGAUUAUUAUUAUUGUUAUUAUUAUUAUGACUAUCGUUUGUUUUUUAAUUCUGUGCUGUUUGUUUGUUUUCUAUAUCAAUAUUCUCUCAUGUUAAUAAUGUUCAUUGUCAAUGUGAAAAUAGUAAAUGUUAAUGCAUUUGAAUUCCCUUUUUUUUAAAAAAAUACAGUAUUCAUUUGAUGUAAGAA